AUGGGAGAGACGCAGGAGAAGAGACUGGGCCUGCUGGAGCAGGGCGAGAUGGAGGUAGACUCAGAUUCCACCCUCAACGAAGACGACAGGCCGCCAACGCCGGUCGCGAAGACCAGGGCACAACUUGCACAGCUCCUCGAGUUUGGAGCAUCGAGAGUCGCCAUGCUCCGACCUUCCUUCCUACAGGUCAAAACCACCAAGACCACCAAACUCCGGCGGACCGCGUACCUGGACGGAAUCAGAGGAUUUGCAUCACUCCUCGUAUACUGUCUGCACCAUCAGCUAUGGGCACACGCCAUCCAGGGUGGCAGCAUCAAGCUUGAAAACACAUGGGGAUGGGAUGGCGAAUACUAUCUCGGCGCAUUCCCCUUCAUUCGCACAUUCUUCACCGGCGGCCAUUACGCUGUCGCGGUCUUCUUCGUGCUCUCUGGCUACGUCUUGGCUUAUAAGCCUUUGACGCUCAUUCAGGCCGGCGAGCACCUGGCCCUCGGCGAUGCCCUGGCAUCUGGACUCUUUCGACGAUGGCUGCGACUUUAUCUCCCAAUUCUGGCAGUCACAUUUGGCUUCUUGUUAAUGCCCCAUCUAUUCGGCGUUUCAUCCGACUUCCGACCGCAAUCGACCCUCGGGGCCGAGAUCUGGAAGUGGUAUUGCGAUCUCAAGAACUUCACUUUCAUCUGGAACAUGGGAGGAGAAAUCAUUCUGGACUACCAGAAGCACGUGUGGUCAAUUCCGGUCGAGAUGCGAGGCUCAAUCACCAUCUGGACAGCCGUUCUGGCGUUCUCGCGCUGCACGAAGAAUGCGCGCCUGACUUGCGAGGCCUUGCUUGUGUUUUACCUCAUGUACAUUGUCGACGGUGCUCACUUCGCCAUGUUCACGGCGGGCAUGUUACUUUGCGAUCUGGAUCUCCUCGCUCAUGACGGCAAGCUGCCCAAGUGGAUGUAUUCCCUGGAGCCAUACAAGAUCCCGCUUGCCUACGUGGCCUUCGUCGUCAGCAUGCUCCUUGGCGGUAUCCCAUCUAACUCCGUCGAACUCGAACACAUGCGAAAGUCGCCCGGAUGGUACUACCUGUCCUUCCUCAAACCACAGGCAGUGUUCGAUUACCGAUGGUUCUUCCUCUUCUGGGCUUCGGUCCUCAUGGUCUGGUGCUCCGGCCGUCUUGGCUGGCUCAAGCGAUUCUUUGAGUCUCGUUUCUGCCAAUACCUUGGUCGCAUCUCAUACAUGUUCUACCUCAUGCACGGACCUGUUUUGUGGCUGGUUGGAGACAGAAUCUACGCGGCCGUGGGCUGGGUGAACUUCUCGCACGCGCUCACAAUCCCAGGUUGGGCCGACACCUUUCGCCUUCCGAAGUGGGGACCUUUCGGCUUGGAGGUCUCGUUCAUCAUCCCGCAGCUGCUUUUGUUCCCACUUACGUGCUGGAUGGCUGAGCUCAUGACUGCUGUGGUCGAUGAUCCUUCGAUCAAGUUUGCGGCAUACUGUUACUCUCUCACACAACCCAAGAAGGAUUUGCCUUCUUCCUCGCCGUCGCGAGGCAACAACGAGCGCAAAGCGUAG